CCUUUCUCUCUCCCUGUUCAUUAUUUUCUAUUUGUCGUGUCCUCCGAUUUACAUCUCCGCUCCAUUCCAUUUCAUCGAUCUCUUUUGGCUUUUAGGCCGGCAUCUCUGCAGCUCGUCCUCCAGCGCAGUCUCAGAAGCCGCCCCCGGAUCGGAACAGACAGAAGCCUUGAAAUGGUGAAGGAAACGGAGUACUAUGAUAUAUUGGGGAUCAGCCCGACAGCUACAGAGGCUGAGAUCAAGAAAGCUUAUUACAUCAAGGCACGACAAGUCCAUCCAGAUAAAAAUCCAAAUGAUCCUCUUGCAGCCCAAAAUUUUCAGGUUUUGGGUGAAGCUUACCAAGUAUUAAGUGAUCCAGCACAACGGCAAGCUUAUGAUGCUCAUGGGAAAUCAGGAAUUUCAACUGAAGGGAUCAUUGAUCCAGCAGCAAUCUUUGCUAUGCUCUUUGGGAGUGAGCUAUUUGAGGAGUACAUAGGCCAACUUGCAAUGGCAUCAAUGGCUUCACUUGACAUAUUCACUGAAGGGGAAGAAUUCGAUGCCAAAAAGCUGCAGGAGAAAAUGAGGGUUGUUCAGAAAGAAAGAGAGGAUAAGCUUGCAGAGAAAUUGAAAGACCGACUGAACCGGUAUGUUCAGGGACACAAAGAGGACUUUAUCUGUUAUGCAGAAGCUGAAGUGUCAAGGCUUUCUAAUGCAGCUUAUGGUGUUGAUAUGUUGAACACAAUUGGUUAUAUAUAUGCAAGACAGGCAGCAAAGGAGCUUGGAAAGAAAGUGAUGUAUUUGGGAGUGCCGUUUAUUGCUGAGUGGUUUAGGAAUAAAGGGCACUUCAUUAAAUCUCAAGUAACAGCUGCAACAGGUGCAAUUGCUUUGAUUCAACUGCAAGAGGACAUGAAACGACAACUAAGUUCAGAGGGGAAUUAUACUGAAGAGGAACUUGAAGCAUACCUACAAUCUCAUAAAAAGUUGAUGAUUGAUUCUCUGUGGAAGCUCAAUGUUGCCGACAUUGAAGCCACACUUUCCCGUGUUUGUCAGAUGGUCCUUCAAGAUAGCAGCAUCAAGAAAGAGGAGCUUCGUGCUCGUGCCAAGGGGUUGAAAACACUUGGAAAAAUAUUUCAGCGGGCCAAGUCAGCCAAUGGGUGCGAAAAUGAACCUAUGCCCAACAGUUCAGUUCAUAAGCUGAAUGAAAGUCAACAGAACCAUGAUGCUAGUUCUCCUGAUUCAUCACCAAAAUUUCCACCUCAGUACCCAUCUUAUGCAACAAACGCAGCCCAGAGCCCUUAUGUGGAGGCUCCCAACAUUGCUGGUGUUCCACACUUCAACUUCCCAAUGCCAACAGCUCCACCUGGUGCACAGAGGUAUCCUUAAUUAGCAAGUAGGGAGCGAGGGAUUUUAUCAUUUGUCAGUUUCAUGCAUCAUAUACAACACCCCUUUGACGUAUCGUUGGCAUGGUGGAGAUAAUUUGUUGAUGCUUGUGUUUGUAUUGAAUAGUGAAUUGUAAGUUGGAAUGUUGCCCCACAUUCAUAUCAGCACGGUGAUGUAGAAGACAUAUUUAGUCAUAUAGAAAUAGAAGUAGAUGUGGGGUUCGUUCGCUGCAUUUGGCUGAGUUGGGCUGGCUCCCAUGUAAUUUAAUUGUUUCUUUUAAGGGGCAGGUUUUCCUCAGCUCCUUUGUAAAUUUGAGGUUCCAAGCGUGGCUUGACUUGUCUUUCCUUUCUUUGAUAGUGUAUUGGAUUAACGAUUAAAACGUGUUGGCUGUAUGAGUAUGGUUGCAUUAAUCAGAACCGCUCCAUUUGAGUCAAA